AUGUUCAAUACUCUAAGGCUUUUGUCCCGACUCUCGUCGACCGCCUUUCCCUUUGGAUUGCGGUCAUCAGUUUUGAACAGACAUUCGGUACGGAGUGUCAGCUGCUACCAAUGUCGUCAGCCGAUUUUGGCAAACAAAUUUCAGUGCGUCAACACGGGCAGACGUUACAAACGUACAAAGAAAGAAAACGAUCGAGAUUCUGACGAUGAAUUAGAUUUAGAAAUGGAUGAAUCCAGUCAACUGGUUAAAUUCAGGACCAGUACGAUGAGAAUGGAUACUGUCCUAAAGCACGCACUAGGAAAGUCUAGAAAUAAAAUUGAAGUAGCUUUUUAUGAAAGUCGAAUCCGAGUGAAUGGAGAAAAAGUUCUGAAGAAAAGCCACGCAAUAGAAGUGGGCGAUGAGGUGGAUCUGGUCAAAGGUCCUAGUCCAAAUAAUCCAGAUUUUCUUUUAGUAUCAAGAGUAGAAGUAUUGUCUGCCAAAUUAGAUGGUGAUGAAUUAGAUGUAAAAUUAAAAAAGUAUAAGAGCCUUCUGAUAAACAAUUAUGAAAAUAAAUGGAAACCACAAUCAUAA